CACACACCACUCAGGCAGAUGAGAAGACAGUCCCUGGUACUCCUACAGAUGCUAAUGCCAGAGCCUUAUUGUUUUGCAAUGGACCUUUAGAACAUUAUGACUUUCUGAUUAAACGAGAAGAGCUGAGAAAUGAUGAACAACAGAGAAGAGUUGUGCAGCACCUGCAGAAGUUGCAUGAGAGCCUUAAGGGCUACAGCAUCAGUUCAAAAAAUUUUCUCUCAAAGCUCUUUGCAAAAAACAAACCUCCAAAAGGUCUUUAUGUCUAUGGAGAUGUUGGCACAGGAAAGACAAUGGUGAUGGACAUAUUCUAUUCACACUUAGAAGUAGAAAGGAAAAAGAGAGUCCAUUUUCAUGGCUUCAUGCUAGAUGUACACCAGAGAAUACAUCGCCUUAAGCAGAGCUUGCCAAAGAGAAAACCAGGAUUUAUGGCCAAAUCGUAUGACCCAAUUGCACCAGUAGCAGAGGAAAUAAGUGAAGAGGCUGCUCUCUUAUGUUUUGAUGAAUUCCAGGUCACUGACAUUGCUGAUGCCAUGAUUCUGAAGCAGCUUUUUGAAAAUCUGUUCCAAAAUGGGGUGGUCGUUGUGGCAACAUCUAACAGGCCACCAGAAGAUCUCUAUAAAAAUGGUCUUCAGAGAGCUAAUUUUGUUCCAUUCAUUGCUGUGCUGAAGAAAUACUGCAGCACAGUCCAGCUUGAUUCUGGAAUAGACUACAGGAAACGAGUGCUUCCUGCUGCUGGAAAGCUUUACUACCUCACAAGUGAAGCUGAUGUGGAGGCUGUCAUGGAUAAGUUGUUUGAUGAGCUGGCUCAGAAACAAAAUGAUUUAACUAGACCAAGGAUUCUAAAAGUGCAAGGCAGAGAGCUGAGGCUGAAUAAAGCGUGUGGAACCAUUGCAGACUUCACAUUUGAAGAGCUGUGCGACAGACCUCUUGGGGCCAGUGAUUAUCUGGAAAUAUCAAAGCACUUUGACACGGCCUUUGUUCGUGACAUACCACUUCUUACAAUGGCAAAAAGGACACAGGCUCGUCGUUUCAUUACUCUUAUUGAUACCUUUUAUGAGCAUAAGGUGCGUAUUAUUUGUUCUGCAGUGACUCCUCUCCAAAGCUUGUUCCUGGUAGAACAUAACAAUGGUGAGCUAGAGGACAACAGAGUGCUGAUGGAUGAUUUGGAAUUGAGCCAGGAUUCUGCCAAAGGACUCUCCAUGUUUACAGGAGAAGAGGAAAUCUUUGCCUUUCAGCGAACUGUCUCACGGCUUACAGAAAUGCAGACUGAACAGUACUGGAAAGAUGGGGACAGAAGCAAAAAAAAGUUAUAAUUAAAUGUUGAGUUAAAGCACCAAGAAGAAUUGGAAAGCUUUUUAGCACAACUGAAAUAAUAA